AUGCCCUUCUACAGUUACGAUGUUCCCCACACUUGUGGUCCCGACCCCAAGAUCUGCUGCCAGUUUGACUUCAAGAGACUUCCUGGUGGGCGGGUCAGCUGUCCCUGGAGGGUCCCCCCUCAGCCAAUCACGGAUGGAAACGUACAACAGAGGUGACCAAUCACAUAGAAAUGGAAUGAGCGUGAUAUACUGUCUCUCUACAACCACGGCUGUGAAAUGCAACAUUCACAUUAUAAAAUCUUUAUUGUCCUAUCGAAUUUACAUGAAGCAGGAUAUUGUCUUUGGCUUGAGGCUCACAGUUAAAAACAACACUUGACAUUCAAACACGACAAACGCAAAGCUGGUCCCAAAGGCGUUGGGUUCUCUAUGGAAAGUGUUUCUUAAUCUGUGGUCUGUCCCAUAGCUUGCCUCUCCCUGGUACAGACAAGUAUUAGAAACACUGGUUUAUGGUGUAGCCAGACGGUCCACAUUCUCUCCACAGUUUGAUAGUGUUAUGGACAAGGAUCAAAUAAGACAUUAAAGCCACUGUACGGUACUAUGUUGUGGUAAUAGGAAUUUCAGAUGGCCUUUGUUUUUCUAACACAAGAUAGGCUCUGAUGAUACGUGGACUUUCUGACACAGUAGCAAAUCCAAGACUAGAGAAUUGACCACACACGUGAAUGAACGAACACACACGCACAUAUUUCAUUGACAAUUACAGCUUAAUAUGUCAUGAAAACUGUUAAUCCGUUGUAGUAUAGUAAACUCUUUUUCCCAUGAUCCCUAGGGUUCAGAUGCUGCUGGACCAGUACAGGAAGAAGUCCAAGCUAUUCCGAACCAAGGUGGUGAUGGCCCCCCUAGGGGAUGACUUCCGCUACACAGAGGCCUUAGAGUGGGACCAGCAGUUUCAAAACUACCAAAAGCUCUUUGACUACAUGAACUCUCAUCCAGAACUACACGUCAAGGUCUGACUUGUGACUUAGGAGCUGGAAUGUUGCGUGAAUAUGCAGGAAGUUUUGUUUAGUCUUUGAUUUCCUUUUCAAGCUGCCAGGUUUAUUUCAGGUUUAUUAGGUUUGCAUUAGUGGAAGAUGGUGGGGUUUAAGGUUUUGAUGCAACACAUUGGAAUGACUGAUGCCCGAUAGUAAUGGUGUGUUUCGUUGGCUUCCUACCCUUCUUGAAAUAUUGUUUUUGUGUCCAGCUAUUGCAAUGGUACACUGCUCUCAAUAAAGCUGAAAAGUAAACUACCCUACAGCAUUAAUGAGAGAGCUAUUUUAAGUUUCUCUCUCAAGCACUCUAUCAUCAAUUUGCUUUAUAGUCUAACUGACACAUUCUGUUCUAGGCUCAGUUCGGCACAAUCUCGGAUUACUUCAAUGCUCUUCGUAAAUCGGCCAUAGACCCCGGUCAUGCUGGUCCCUCUUUACCUGUGGUCAGCGGAGACUUCUUCACCUACGCAGACCGAGAUGACCACUACUGGAGCGGCUACUUCACCUCCCGACCCUUCUACAAACGUAUGGACCGCGUGCUGGAGUCACACCUCAGGUGGGAGCACAGACAGUUAUUUUGUGGCAACCUAUUUGUCUUUUUCUGUUUCUUUUUUCUCUGUUUCUUUUUUUACAAUUUAUUCAAAUCUCUUUCUCUAGUUCCUAUAAUUUAUUUUUAUUUUUUUUAUCAAUAUUGUUAAAUUUCAAUCAUCAUCCGUCAACCAACACAGAUUACGUAGAUUAUUUUUACAAGCAGUACAGUUUCAACAUAGAAAGUGAAUCACUGUAAGUACAUGUAUUGGAUGACUGGUUAAAGAGAAACUGCCCUUAAAAAACAACUUCUCAUUUAGAAAACAACUUAUGUGCCAUCGGUAUGACUCCGAAACAUUUAUUCUAGUGUCAAAAUGUACUACAAAGUGUAAAUAGGAUAAUUUGGGUCAUAAAGUCAGUCUUGUCCAAAACAGAGUUUUGUGAGACUUUUGGUCGUGACUGCAUCACAACGUAAAUGAAGGUUGGGUUUGUUUCAAUCCUGCCCACAUGCCCACAGCUGGCACCACACACGUAAUCAUCAGUUCAGAGUGCAGCUGCACGUGACAUUAUCGUAAUGCCUGUGGUAAAUUUGGGUUAAGUUUGGAUAUCCCAAUGGGGCUAGUUAGGGACCAUCGUUAAAUUACAAUAUUGGGACAAUACAGUGGCUUGCAAAAGUAUUCAUCCCCCAUGGCGUUUUUCCUUUUUGUUGCAUUACAACCUGUAAUUUAAAUUGAUUUUUAUUUGGAUUUCAUGUAAUGGACAUACACAAAAUAGUCCAAAUUGGUGAAGUGAAAGAAAUUCAAAAAAAUUUAAAACUGAAAAGUGGUGUGUGCAUAUGUAUUCACCCCCUUUGCUAUGAAGCCCCUAAAUAAGAUCUGGUGCGACCAAUUACCUUCAGAAGUCACAUAAUUAGUUAGAUUGCACACAGGUGGACUUUAUUUAAGUGUCACAUGAUCUGUCACAUGAUAUCAGUAUAUAUACACCUAUUCUGAAAGGCCCCAGAGUCUGCAACACCACUAAGCAAGGGGCACCACCAAGCAAGCGGCACCAUGAAGACCAAGGAGCGCUCCAAACAGGUCAGGGACAAAGUUGUGGAGAAGUACAGAUCAGGAUUGGGUUAUAAAACAAUAUCCGAAACUUUGAACAUCCCACGGAGCACCAUUAAAUCCAUUGUUAAAAAAUUGAAAGAAUAUGGCACCACAACAAACCUGCCAAGAGAGGGCCGCCCACCAAAACUCACGGACCAGGCAUGGAGGGCAUUAAUCAGAGAGGCAACAAAGAGACCAAACAUAACCCUGAAGGAGCUGCAAAGCUACACAGCGGAGAUUGGAGUAUUUGUCCAUAGGACCACUUUAAGCUGUACGCUCCACAGAGCUGGGCUUUACAGAAGAGUGGCUUAAAGAAAGAAAUAAGUAAACACGUUUGGUGUUCACCAAAAGGCAUGUGGGAGACUCCCCAAACAUAUGGAAGAAGGUACUCUGGUCAGAUAAAAAUUGUGCUUUUUGGCCAUCAAGGAAAACGCUAUGUCUGGCGCAAACCCAACACCUCUCAUCACCCCGAGAACACCAUCCCCACAGUGAAGCAUGGUGGUGGCAGCAUCAUGCUGUUGGGAUGUUUUUCAUCGGCAGGGACUGGGAAACUGGUCAGAAUUGAAGGAAUGAUGGAUGGCGCUAAAUACAGGGAAAUUCUUGAGGGAAACCUGUUUCAGUCUUCCAGAGAUUUGAGACUGGGACGGAGGUUCACCUUCCAGUAGGACAAUGACCCUAAGCAUACUGCUAAGCAACACUCAAGUGUUUUAAGGGGAAACAUUUAAAUGUCUUGGAAUGGCCUAGUCAAAGCCCAGACCUCAAUCCAAUUGAGAAUCUGUGGUAUGACUUAAAGAUUGCUGUACACCAGCGGAACCCAUCCAACUUGAAGGAGCUGGAGCAGUUUUGCCUUGAAGAAUGGGCAGAAAUCCCAGUGGCUAGAUGUGCCAAGCUUAUAGAGACAUACCCCAAGAGACUUGUAGCUGUAAUUGCUGCAAAAGGUGACUGUACAAAGUAUUGACUUUGGGGGGGUGAAUAGUUAUGCACGCUCAAGUUUUCAGUUUUUUUGUCUUAUUUCUUGUUUGUUUCACAAUAAAAAAUAUUUUGCAUCUUCAAAGUGGUAGGCAUGUUGUGUAAAUCAAAUGAUACAAACCCCCAUUUUAAUUCCACAUUGUAAGGCAACAAAAUAGGAAAUAUACCAAGGGGGUGAAUACUUUCGCAAGCCACUGUAUGUUAAAACUGCAAGUGCUCCAAAUUUCAAUGACUUAAAAACCUUAAACCAACUAUAAAUUGUAGAAAUGAAUCAUCAAAUAUUGAAAGCAUUUAAUGAGAAAACUAAAAGGUGUGCAAUAUGAAAAGAUUGUCUCAUUUACAUUGUGUAAUUUAUUGACGGUCCUUAACUAGCCCUGGAGAUAGGCUAUCCAAAGUCAAACUAAUUUUGCCACAGUCGCACACCAGCCGGCUGAAGCUAAUUGGCUAAAUAAUUUGGCUAACUCUUUCCACCUGCAAACACACAAGAGACACCCACAUCAAACCACACCCCGAAACCAACUUGCGUUGGAAUUCAGUCUAGGCCGCUAGCAUUUCUUAAUGAACCAAAUCUAAAAUGAGGCCAAAUCAGAAAGUGCAGUCGCCUUUUAAGAUUGCAGUGUACACAAGGAAAUGGCAACUUGGCUGUCAAUUAGCCAAACAACAUUGAUUAUCUAUCUAGAGUAGUUGCUGGGGAAUAGCCAAACCACAAGGCUCACUUAUGUAAAAACUAUAGUAUACUAAUGAAUGAAUGAAAAUGUAUGUAAACGUGAAUUAACAGCAUUUCAGUGAAGUAAAUAAAAAUCUGCUAAAUGGUACUACAUGCAAGUAAAACCAACAUCAACUGUCGGUUUCCUGCAUUUCUUAAUUUAUGCCCUGGAGACCCUAGAGUCUUGGCAUCUAUGCCUAGAAGACGCUGGCAGAGAAAGAUCCCACUCGCUUUACAGACCCUUUCUAUGUGAAUGGCAUUCAACUCCUAUAAUGGUCAUGACUAACCUUCCCAACACCACACUCAACGCUGGCUCUAACUGACCGUGCUGACGAUGGGAAGAGAUUGUCCUUUGUACUAAUUGGGAAGAGAUUGUCCAUUGUACUAAUUAAGGAUAACUACUAAUUAAGGCUAGUAAUUAGUCUCCUGGACUGUCUCCUUGCCGGAGAGGGUGUAUACCCCCGGCAGGUCCAACCAAGCCAGACAGGUCGAAGGGUAGUAGGCGGACAAAGCAGUCCCUGGCCCUCCAGGUUGGUGAUUGUGCAUGGGGCCAACUCCCCCACCACAUAAAAAAUGACUUGUUACAUUAACCUUUACUAAAGAAAGAAACAGACUGGAUCAAAGGCAACAACCUGGUGGAGAUCUUCUCAAGCCUGUGACUGUGAAUUAAGGUUAUAGUCUACUAGUACUAAAUGCAUUAAAACACGUUUGUCUGGUCAGUGUUUGGGGUUACUAGAUAGUGGGCCAUUAGAUUGGCUUUCAUUUAUUUUAACACUUUGGAGUGAGAAGACUGAAUUUGAAUAUUUUAUUGGAUUCAUAUUCAUCAAAAUGCAAGAGUGGUUGGUGAUAAAUGUCAUUACAAAUAAAAUAAAAAAACAUCUAACAAGCAUAUUAUUUCAAUCAAACCUUUGUAAUAGGCCUAGUUUGAGAUGUGGUUAUUAUUCACAGUUUAUUUUUGGGCUAUCUCAGUGCUUCAAAUGUAAAAAUAACAAUUUCUCCAAUCAAUUAUCUGUUUAUAAUGCUGUGCAUUUUACGUUGCACAGUGGAUUAGUUUCACCAUGUCUUUGAUUGGGUUACAGUAUUCUUUAUUUGAAUUGGAUCUCCAUGAGUUGACACCUUGGCAACCACUAGUCUUCCUGGUAUCUUCUAAUCUAGUGUUUCCUCUAGGAAUACACUUGAGAUACACCUCAUAGUACCAGGUACCCAAACUUCUGACCAAAAGUUUGGCUACUUUCUACCGAUACAGGGUGAAGACCCUCAGUCACAGUGUUUAGAACUGUUUUUUCAGCACGUAUCGAUUUCCUUUGCUUUGUCUUUUGAGAUAAGGACCUAAUCUUACAGGCUGCCUGGUGUGAGGCAGUCAAAGUGGUCAGUGCAGGAACUAAGCACAUAGAGAUGACUGUGGAUGAGAGUUGUUUGUGUGUGUGUUUGUGCGUGUGCACGUGCACCAGUGAGUGUGAGCAGACUCAGUAGGAGAGCAGUAAUAAGUGUUUCCUCCCCUCUCCCAGGCCCCAGUCUCUGCAAGCCUCAACACCACAGUCUGUCUCACUGUGAACCCCCACAGACACAGUCUUCCUGGUCUUCCCUCAUUGCCGACCAACCUCCAGACCCCCACAUACAGUUGAAGUCGGAUGUUUACACACACUUAGGUUGGAGUCAUUAAAAAUCGUUUUUCAACCACUCCACAAAUUUCUUGUUAACAAACUAUAGUUUUGGCAAGUCGGUUAGGACAUCUACUUUGUGCAUGACACAAGUAAUUUUUCCAACAAUUGUUUACAGACAGAUUAUUUCACUUAUAAUUCACUGUAUCACAAUUCCAGUGGGUCAGAAGUUUACAUACACUAAGUUAACUGUGCCUUUAAACAGCUUGGGAAAUUCCAGAAAAUGAUGUCAUGGCUUUAGAAGGUUCUGAUAUGCUAAUUGACAUAAUUUGAGUCAAUUGGAGGUGUACCUGUGGAUGUAUUUCAAGGCCUACCUCCAAGCUCAGUGCCUCUUUGCUUGACAUUAUGGGAAAAUCUAAAUAAAUCAGCCAAGACCUCAGAAAAACAAUUGUAUACCUCCUUGGGAGAAAUUUCCAAACGCCUGAAGGUACCACAUUCAUCUGUACAAACAAUAGUACGCAAGUAUAAACACCAUGGGACCACGCAGCCGUCAUACCGCUCAGGAAGGAGACGCGUUCUGUCUCCUAGAGAUGAACGUACUUUGGUGCAAAUCAAUCCCAGAACAACAGCAAAGGACCUUGUGAAGAUGCUGGAGGAAACGGGUACAAAAGUAUCUAUAUCCACAGUAAAACAAGUCCUAUAUCGACAUAACCUGAAAGGCCGCUCAGCAAGGAAGAAGCCACUACUCCAAAAGCACCAUAAAAAAGCCAGACUACGGUUUGCAACUGCACAUGGGGACAAAGAUCGUACUUUUUGGAGAAAUGUCCUCUGGUCUGAUGAAACAAAAAUAUAACUGUUUGGCCAUAAUGACACCAUUAUGUUUGGAGGAAAAAGGGUUUGCUUGCAAGCUGAAGAGCACCAUCCCAACCGUGAAGCAUGGGCGUGGCAGCAUCAUGCUGUGGGGUUGCUUUGCUGCAGGAGGGACUGGUGCACUUCACAAAAUAGAUGGCAUCAUGAGGAAGGAAAAUUAUGUGGAUAUAUUGAAGCAACAUCUCAAGACAUCAGUCAGGAAGUUAAAGCUUGGUCGCAAAUGGGUCUUCCAAAUGGACAAUGACCCCAAGCAUACUUCCAAAGUUGUGGCAAAAUGGCUUAAGGACAACAAAGUCAAGGUAUUGGAGUGGCCAUCACAAAGCCCUGACCUCAAUCCUAAGAAAAUGUGUGGGCAGAACUGAAAAAGCGUGUGCGAGCAAAGAGGCCUACAAACAUGACUCAGUUAUACCAGCUCUGUCAGGAGGAAUGGGCCAAAAUUCACCCAACUUAUUGUGGGAAGCUUGUGGAAGGCUACCCGAAAUAUUUGACCCAAGUUAAACAAUUUAAAGGCAAUGCUACCAAAUACUAAUUGAGUGUAUGUGAACUUCUGACCCACUGGGAAUGUGAUGAAAGAAAUAAAAGCUGAAAUAAAUCAUUCUCUCUACUAUUAUUCUGACAUUUCACAUUCUUAAAAUAAAGUGGUGAUCCUAACUGGCCUAAGCCAGGGAAUUUUUACUAGGAUUAAAUGUCAGGAAUUGUGAAAAACUGAGUUUAAAUGUAUUUGGCUAAGGUGUAUGUAAACUUCCGACUUCAACUGUACACCCAGCAUCUCACACACUAUUGUCCAUAUCCGAAAAAUACCACAUGAGAAGAGUUUGAAUCCGUUUGAACUUUGAAUCUGUUCUGUCCUGCUGAGGUCUCAAGAUUGUGUACACAUCUAUUGUUAUGCUUGGAUGGUUCAACUUCAUAACAGGAAGGAGUUUAUGUUAGAUUCAGUACACCAACAAAUACAGUAGGGCUGGAUUUGUGGAUUUUCAUUAAACACAGCACCGUAUUUGCAUUUGAUGGUGUCUAAAUAUAGGAAGGGAGAUGGCUAAUCAGAAUACAGUCGUUAAAUUAGUCUUGGCACUCAACCGGCAGCUCCUUUCAAGCUGCAAACAAGACUGUGCACAGUAUGUGGUAUACGUCUGCCUGCUCUCCUCCUCAUUCAUCUGAAAGAGAUGUUCCCUUCAAGGUCAUUGUCUCGUUCUGUAAAUAUGUUUUUCUCCUUGGAAGGAGGCAGACCUAUUGGCUUUUUACAUGGUGCAAUUGGGUCAGUUGCCUCAGUGUGUUGAUUAUGUUAGAAGCUCUCAAGAUGCGGUCAUUGCAUUAAAACACAUGAUUUUCUUAGAGAUACUACCACAAACAAGACGUGUUGCUCCGCCCAUUGUAACAAUCUAGAAAGACACAGUAAGAUAUAAGACACUGAAACUAGGGCUGUGGCGUUCAUGACAUUUUGUCAGCCCGUAAUUGUCAUGCAAAUAAUUGCCGGUCUCAUGGUAAUUGUCCGUUAAUUAACAUAAACACGUUCACCAUCUCCUGGCUUCCAUAUGCAUCAUCUACAAGCCACUGAUGCAGACCGUUGGAACAACUACAUUUUAAACAGUCUAAUAAAUCAAUUUAAUAUAGCCUACACCAUCACAAUAAAUCCAUUAUUUAUUUUAGACAAGUCUAAAGAAACAUGAUAUGAAGAAAAUGUUGUCUAUUUCAGAAGAACAAAAUAGCAUAUUCUGAGUUGUCCUUAUGUUAGGCCCUGAUCUGGCUAUGCCAUAUGGCUGUGGGCUUUGCUUAGCAGACAAGAUUUGCUUAGAAUUCUGUGGCAUUAUUUUAUAUUAUUUUAUAGUAUGAAGAAUACAAUUGAACAUAGCUGAAUAAAAUAGAAAGGAUAUUUUCUCCAAAAGAUUUCCAAGAGAGUGACCACAUCCGGCUAUUCUGUGUUGAGCAAAGAAACAGGUCCUCCUAUAUGCCUGUAGCUCAGUUGGUAGAGCAUGGCGCUUGCAACGCCAGGGUUGUGGGUUCGAUUCCCACGGGGGGCCAGUAUGAAAAAUGUAUGCACUCACUAACUGUAAGUCGCUCUGGAUAAGAGCGUCUGCUAAAUGACUUUAAAAACAAAAAACAAAACAAAAAUAAUAUUAAACAAUAACAACAACAAAAAACAAUUAACAAAAAAAAUAAUAUGCUUUAUUUAGAGUUAUUUAUGCAACUUUAGUUGUGUUACAAACGUUAGACUAAAUGUUUAUUUUUUAUUAAGGCUGCAUGAAGUGACUCUAAUGAUGAUUUGAAAAAAGUUGCAUGAAAGGCAUGAGCUCUGCUCUGGUUCUUGCACAGGCUGCACACAAUUCAUCAGUCUCUCAUUCACAAUUUGACAAGCACUUGAUAAUAUUCUCACCCAUCAAACUAUUCUUAAUUUAAUCUGGUCUUUACAUAUUCUUUUUAUUUAGAAUGGCCCACAAAAAAAACGGCAUCCAUAGCCUGCACUCGAAUAGCGAAUGGAGGUAACGUGUGGUUACGUUUUUUUUAUAUGCAAGCACUUUAACUAAAGUGAAUUAUAUAGCCUAAUUAGCCUACUCCCCUCUAUACAUAAAUAAAUAAAAUAAUUCAAAAUAGGCUACUAAAGCAUUUGGCCACAGAGGAUAAUUAGACAAGAGGAAUACCUAUGUAAGAAUGUUGUUCAUUGACUAUAGCUCAGCAUUCAACACUAUAGUACCCUCCAAGCUCAUCAUUAAGCUCGAGGCCCUGGGUCUGAACCCCGCCCUGUGCAACUGGGUCCUGGACUUCCUGAUGGGCUGCCCCAGGUGGUGAAGGUAGGAAACAACAUCUCCACUUCGCUGAUCCUCAACACUGGGGCCCCACAAGGGUGCGCGCUCAGCCCCCUCCUGUAUUCCCUGUUCACCCAUGACUGCGUGGCCAAGCACGCCUCCAACUCAAUCAUCAAGUUUGCAGACGACACAACAGUAGUAGGCUUGAUUACCAACAAUGACGAGACCGCCUACAGGGAGGAGGUGAGGGCUCUGGGAGUGUGGUGCCAGGAAAAUAACCUCUCACUCAACGGCAACAAAACAAAGGAGAUGAUUGUGGACUUCAGGAAACAGCAGAGAGUGCACCCCCCUAUCCACAUCGACGGGACCGCAGUGGAGAAGGUGGAAAGCUUCAAGUUCCUUGGCGUACACAUCACUGACAAACUGAAAUGGUCCACCCAUGCAGACAGUGUGGUGAAGAAGGCGCAACAGAGCCUCUUCAACCUCAGGAGGCUGAAGAAAUUUGGCUUGGCACCUAAAACCCUCACAAACUUUUACAGAUGCACAAUUGAGAGCAUCCUGUCGGGCUGUAUCACCGCCUGAUACGGCAACUGCACCGCCCGCAACCGCAGGGCUCUCCAGAGGGUGGUGCGGUCUGCCGAACGCAUUACCGGGGGCAAACUACCCGCCCCCCUACAGCACCUGAUGUCACAGGAAGGCCAAAAAGAUCAUCAAGGACAUCAACCACCCGAGCCACUGUGUGAUGAGUGUGAUAGAAGGAGUCAGGCGCAGGAGGGUAUGUCACCGAAUACAGAGUUUAUUCCAUCGUACACAAUUGCGCUGGAUAGCGACAACAGAAAAGAGCCACAGGGGAAACCAUCUACCCUGGUAAUACAAGGUACGAGUAGCUCCACCAAGCUACUCUACUCUCACAAUAAACAAUCACCCACAAGGACAAGGGGGCAGAGGGAACACUUAUACACAGACUAAUGAGGGGAUAAGAACCAGGUGUGUGUAAUUGACAAGACAAGACAAAUGUAUUGAUGAGAUAUGGAGCGGCAGUGGCUAGUAAGCCGGUGACGACGAACGCCGAAGCCUGCCUGAACAAGGAGGGGGGGCAGCACAUUAGAGGCUGCUGCUGCCUAUUGAAAUCACUGGCCACUUUAAGAAAUGGAACACUAGUCACUUUAAUAAUGUUUACAUAUCUUGCACUACUCAUCUCUAUUCUAUAAUAUUCUACUGUAUCUUAGUCCAUGCCGCUCUGUCAUUGCUUGUCCAUACAGUGAGGGGGAAAAGUAUUUGAACCCCUGUUGAUUUUGUAUGUUUGCCCACUGACAAAGAAAUGAUCAGUCUAUAAUUUUAAUGGUAGGUUUAUUUGAACAGUGAGAGACAGAAUAACAACAAAAAAAUCAAGAAAAACGCAUGUCAAAAAUGUUAUAAAUUGAUUUGCAUUUUAAUGAGGGAAAUAAGUAUUUGACCCCCUCUCAAUCAGAAAGAUUUCUGGCUCCCAGGUGUCUUUUAUACAGGUAACGAGCUGAGAUUAGGAGCACACUCUUAAAGGGAGUGCUCCUAAUCUCAGUUUGUUACCUGUAUAAAAGACACCUGUCCACAGAAGCAAUCAAUCAAUCAGAUUCCAAACUCUCCACCAUGGCCAAGACCAAAGAGCUCUCCAAGGAUGUCAGGGACAAGAUUGUAGACCUGGGCUACAAGACCAUCGCCAAGCAGCUUGGUGAGAAGGUGACAACAGUUGGUGGGAUUAUUCGCAAAUGGAAGAAACACAAAAUAACUGUAAAUCUCCCUCGGCCUGGGGCUCCAUGCAAGAUCUCACCUUGUGGAGUUGCAAUGAUCAUGAGAAUGGUGAGGAAUCAGCCCAGAACUACACGGGAGGAUCUUGUCAAUGAUCUCAAGGCAGCUGGGACCAUAGUCACCAAGAAAACAAUUGGUAACACACUACGCCGUGAAGGACUGAAAUCCUGCAGCGCACGCAAGGUCCCCCUGCUCAACAAAGCACAUAUACAUGCCCGUCUGAAGUUUGCCAAUGAACAUCUGAAUGAUUCAGAGGAGAACUGGGUGAAAGUGUUGUGGUCAGAUGAGACCAAAAUUGAGCUCUUUGGCAUCAACUCAACUCACCGUGUUUGGAGGAGGAGGAAUGCUGCCUAUGACCCCAAGAACACCAUCCCCACCUUUGGGGGUGUUUUUCUGCUAAUGGGACAGGACAACUUCACCGGGACGAUGGACAGGGCCAUAUAUUGUCAAAUACUUAUUUCCCUCAUUAAAAUGCAAAUCAAUUUAUAACAUUUUUGACAUGCGUUUGUCUUGAUUUUUUUGUUGUUAUUCUGUCUCUCACUGUUCAAAUAAACCUACCAUUAAAAUUAUAGACUGAUCAUUUCUUUGUCAGUGGGCAAACGUACAAAAUCAGCAGGGGAUCAAAUUAUUUUUUCCCUCACUGUAUAUGUAUAUAUUCUUAAAUUCCAUUCCUUACUAGAUUUGUGUGCAUUGGGUAUAUAUAAAUUGUUAGAUAUUACUGCAUUGUCGGAGCUAGAAGCACAAGCAUUUUGCUACACCCGCAAUAAGAUCUGCUAAACACAUGUAUGUGACAAAUAAAAUGUGAUUUGAUUUGAUUCUUUUUUUAAAUUAGUUGUGGAUUGUUUUAAAUCGUAUUGCCUACAGUCGGAAGGAAAGGCAGCACACACAAUUUGGGCAGAUUAUUGUUGAGUUGUGACUGUCUGUGAAAAGUAGAUAGGCCAAGCCAGGCAAAUUGCAAUAUUUCAAAAUACAAUUACAGGAAAACAUAGUUUGGAAAGCAAAUGGUUAUUGCUGUAAAGAGAAGACAAUGAAAAUACAAAUAAUCUAAAAUUCUCAACUGAAUUGAGCGAACAACAGUAUAGCCUGUCUUAUUGGCACCAGCAGAGAGCAUCGGCAAUAUCCCCGGUGAGUGCGCACUGCGCAUAUUCACUAUCUAUUAUUAUUGGGUUCGUUUUUCACAAUAGUUUCCUCCUCCAGUUUAGAUGGACGUCAUAUUCUAUUUGUGUCUCCCCUUCUUGUAGGCCUAUUAUACGGACAACGUUGUUUGUCAGUGUCAGCAGAGUAGGCUACCCUGUAAUUUGUCGCAUUAAAAAACAUCCUGCUAAUGUCUCCAUUCAUGUAAAGUGUAGUACAAUUGCAUGAAAUGUGUUUAUAAAAGGCCACAUUUUUCCCAUGCAAAGAAAGAAGAAACGUAGCUGAUAUAGCUGAGGCCUAUACUCGCUCAGCCAUGCAUUGAAUGGUCUUUUUUUGCGAACAGUGAUUGAGUUAUAUUAUUAGCCUAAAUUAUGACUAUGCAAUCUACUCAUCACAUUAGGAAUAGUAGGUUAUCUUACAUAAGUCUGCAAAUGCGAUAAUGCAUGGAAUGCUUUAUUAUAAAGGUGCAUUUUUAUGGUGAAAAUUACUUUCCCCAAACUUGAAACUCACGCGUCACCUAUGUAUGCCAUUCUUAAGCUUAAGAAUUGAGCAAUAAAUAUAGCAGCACGAGAAAGCUGGGAUCCUCUUUUAAAUAGUUGCCAGUCAAAACUCUGUUUUCACAUGCGAUUGUGCAAUGACUGGGUUUAUAAGAGCACAUGUUUCACUAGGCUCUGUAGGCUAUGUGCUCUCUAACCGUUUUCCAGGGGUCCUAAGCCUAUAGGAUACAUUUGGAGUUAUUUGGCCACUUUAGUAGUGAUACAAUCAAAAUAUAAGCCUAUGGGCUAGGCUACAUGAUGUGUGUGACUAUGUUUAGAAAAAGUCACACAAAAAAGGCAUGUGGUGUUUCUUGCCUUACUGCACACAAGCUGGGCAUCAUUCACAAGUGAUAAUAUAUCAUUCACAAGUGAUAAUAUUGUCACCCAUCAGACUAUUCUUAAUUUAAUCUUGUCUUUACAUACACUAUAUAUACAAAAGUAUGUGGACACUUUUGGCCAUGUAGUGUAUGUGUGAAAUUAGUUUUGAUUUAGAAUGUACCAUUAUUAUGCACCUAUCGGAACAGUAGCAGGGGAAUAAAAUACAUGUCAUCUAUGCACUUAAUUAGCGAAUGAAGGAUGCUUUUCCUGCGGUUCAUUUUCAUGCCAGCCAGGUAGGCUAUACUCCUGUUGUAAAGCGAAGCAAAGUGCUUAAUAUUAGGAAAGCUGAGAAAUAAAUAUAGUAGGCCUAGCCUAUAGAAAGCUGAUGGGAUCCUCCUCUUUUUAAUAGAGGCCAUCAAAACUCUGUUUUCUCACGCAAUUGCAUAGCCUACAGAAAUGUUGCAUAACAUGAGCUCAUGGGCUCUCAUUAAGUGUUUAAUUAGAUUUUUCGAUCGCAUUUGCAUUGAUUUAAGAGUGAUUAGAGGGACAAUAGAUCGCUGAGUACCAGGCCAUUAGCGACUGGCAGUUAGCAAGUUUGGUAGGCUACUAAUGACCAUCAGCAGCAUCAGAACGCAGAUUUGGAGAAGCCUAGUUACCAUGACUAAACGGUCACGUGGAAUUUGACUGUGUGACCUCUGGAAAAUACAGUCACCGUAACGGCCCUAGCUGAAACACAGGCCCAGUGCAGUCAAAAACGUGAUUUUCCUGUGUUUUAAUAUAUACAGUAUAUGUCUGCACUAUGAGUUUGGAAUAAUAUUGUGAAAUUGUGAAAAUGAUGAUAAUGCCCUUUUAGUGUAAGAGCGGUUUGAAAAGACUGCCUGAAAUUUCUGCCUGUUUUGGUGGGAUGGAGUUUUAGUAUAGAAUAAGAAGGCCUGCACACUGUUAAAGCUCCCAAUUCACCGCUUUGUUGACAACGUUUCCAUCUGAAAUGGAUCUUCAUCAGGUCAAACAAACUGAGUGCUCACAUCCCAAAAUAUACACAUUUCACCUCACAUGACUAUUGCAGCCAUGACACAUGGUGGGUGAAAAAAACAUUUGUGUAUCUCUAACAAUUUAAUAAUUUAAUAACAAUGAGAUGGGUACAUGUAGUGGUUCCAGAAAAUAAUAUAUAUUUACAAAAUGACCAAGUGGGUAACCUGGAAGGCAAGACAAUUCAAAGUAAAGUGACAUAUACAUGUAAGAAAUGGUCUGAUGUCAAACUCUUGGUUCAGACCUCUACGAGACAUGUUACACAAACGGUGAAUCCAAUAUAAUUAUCUUCUCAAUAAUAGAUUACCAGUAUCUCCGCCCCUCCAGGGAGUCUUAAAAUGUUCAAUGCCAAUGUAUCUCAAAGAGCUAAUGUUGUGACAAGCCUCCAUGAAAUGCUCAGCCACAGGGUUUCUCUGGUCAAGUGUCCUGAUAUUACUCCUGUGUUCUGCUGUCCUUGUUUUCAAAGCUCGUUUUGUUUUACCUACAUAGCAUAGACCAGAAAUACACUUGAUCAGGUAUAUCACAUUUUUUGUGGAACAUGUAAUGAUGCCCUAAAUCUUAAUGGCCUUUCCCGUAAUAGGGUGAUUGAACAUUGUACAUUUGUUUGUGAAGUUACACUGGGUACAUCCGCCACAUCUAUAGUUACUGUCCGGAACAUUGUCUAGAAAGGUACUGCGUGGCACUGGUGGAAGAUCAGACCUCAACACCAUUUGACUGAUGUUGGGGGUGCGUCUGAAGACUACCAGUGGGGGUUCUUUAAACUUAUUUUCUAGUUGUGGAUCAGUGCUCAAGAUGUACCAGUGUUUUUGAAUGAUGUGGUCAAAUUGUUUACCAAGUGGAGAGUACUGAAGGAAGCAUUGAACGCGUUGGUCAGGAGGGUGGGAAGGUUAAUCAAAAUGUCAAGAAAACGUAUUUCAUGCGCAUUAAAGGUGAGGGUGAAUUUCAAAUGUUCACUGCUUAUAUUGAUGAAGGAGUGGAAUCGAUGAAGUUCCUCUACUGUGCCCUGAAAUAGAACAAAUGCGUCAUCAAUGAAUCGUUUCCAGAGUCUAAUAUGGUGCAAGAAUGGAUUAUUAUGGCUGAAAAUCACAUUCUUCUUUUUUUUUUAACAUACAGAUUGGCAUAAUUUGGUGCCAUUUUACUACCCAUAGCAGUUCCCUUCUGUUGAAUGAACAUGUCAUUUUCAAACAGGAAAAAGUUCUUAGUCAGAACAAUCUCAGCAAGUUCAAAGAUACAGUUAGUGGUAGGGAGUGUGUCAAUGGGUCGUUGACAGAGGUAGUGUGCAAUGGCUUCUAGGCCUCCCUGAUGAAGGAUAUUAGUAUUCAGUGAUUCAACAUCAAAGCAAGCAACGUCUCACCAUUGAUAUUGUGCAUUGUCUUAAGGGUGUUAAUCAUGUCUAUAGAAUCGCGUACAUAUGCAGGGUGUGACACCACACUGGGUUUUAGAAAGAAAUCUACAAAAGCAGAAAUAUUUUCAGUCAAUGAGCCAAUGGAGGCCACAAUAGGUCUCCCAGGUGGCUUAUCCAGUCGUUUGUAAAUUUUUGGUAAGGCAUGAAUGACGCUCCUGAUUGGAUAGUCUACUUUCAUGAACUCAUAUUAUUUUUGCAUGAUGUCUCCACUUUCCACAAGCUUGCAGUGAAUCUCACCUUUGAACAGUGGUGUGGGGUCACGUGACAAUUUCUGAUAGAAAGUGGUGUUGUUCAAUUUUCCCCGGAUCUCAUUCACAUAGUCAUCACAGUUUAACAACACCACAGCUCAAAGUGGAAUCCUUUUUUAAAACAUCCAAUGCUUGCCUCUUGUUCUUUAGGGAGAUUACUGUAGACUCUGUAUUCUCGUUUCUUAUUCAAAAUCUGAGACACAAGGAGUUUUAGCCUUCCAUGGUGACAUCACCAUGCGGUAAAUUAGUUAAUAGUCCAAUAAGAAAGAGUUCCAAACCUCUCUGCCAAUAACAACAAGUUUUCAGUUUUCCCCUCCCCACUCAGUACUUGAUACUCUCUAGGGAUAGGGCUGUACUGUGACCGUAUUUCUGCCACACCGGCGGUCACAUGUCAAGACAGCAGUCAAAUUCCACGUGACCAUUUUGUCAUGGUAAUUAGGCUUCUUCAAGCUCUGAUGCUGCUGAUGGUCAUUAGUAGCCUACCAAACUUGCUAACUGCCUGGUACUCAGCAAUCUAUUGUCUCCCCCCAUUUCAGUCCUGCCACAAAAGGACCAGCUGCCAUCAUGUCAGUGAUUGUCUCAUUAACACAGGUGAGAGUGUUGACAAGGACAAGGCUGGAGAUCACUCUGUCAUGCUGAUUGAGUCAAAAUAAGACUGGAAACUUUAAAAGGAGGGUGGUGCUUGAAAUCAUUGUUCUUCCUCUGUCAACCAUGGUUACCUGCAAGGAAACACGUGCCGUCAUCAUUGCUUUGCACAAAAAGGGCUUCACAGGCAAGGAUAUUGCUGCUAGUAAGAUUACAUAAAUCAACCAUUUAUUGGAUCAUCAAGAACUUCAAGGAGAGAGGUUCAAUUGUUGUGAAGAAGGCGUCAGGGUGCCCAAGAAAGUCCAGCAAGCGCCAGGACCGUCUCCUAAAGUUGAUUCAGCUGCGGGAUCGGGGCACCACCAGUGCAGAGCUUGCUCAGGAAUGGCAGCAGGCAGGUUUAAGUGCAUCUGCACGCACAAUGAGGCGAAGACUUUUGGAGGAUGGCCUGGUGUCAAGAAGGGCAGCAAAGAAGCCACUUUUCUCCAGGAAAAACAUCAGGGACAGACUGAUAUUCUGCAAAAGGUACAGGGAUUGGACUGCUGAGGACUGGGGUAAAGUCAUUUUCUCUGAUGAAUCCCCUUUCCGAUUGUUUGGGCCAUCCGGAAAACACCUUGUCCGGAGAAGACAAGGUGAGCGCUACCAUCAGUCCUGUGUCAUGCCAACAGUAAAGCAUCCUGAGACCAUUCAUGUGUGGGGUUGCUUCUCAGCCAAGGGAGUGGGCUCACUCACAAUUUUGCCUAAGAACACAGCCAUGAAUAAAGAAUGGUACCAACACAUCCUCCGAGAGCAACUUCUCCCAACCAUCCAAGAACAGUUUGGUGACGACCAAUGCCUUUUCCAGCAUGAUGGAGCACCUUGCCAUAAGGCAAAAGUGAUAACUAAGUGGCUCGGGGAACAAAACAUCGACAUUUUGGGUCCAUGGCCAGGAAACUCCCUAGACCUUAAUCCCAUUGACAACUUGUGAUUGAUCCUCAAGAGGUGGGUGGACAAACAAAAACCCACAAAUUCUGACAAACUCCAAGCAUUGAUUAUGCAAGAAUGGGCUGCCAUCAGUCUGGAUGUGGCCCAGAAGUUAAUUGACAGCAUGCCAGGGCGGAUUGCAGAGGUCUUGAAAAAGAAUGGUCAACACUGCAAAUAUUGACUCUUUGCAUAAACUGAAUGUCAUUGUCAAUGAAAGCCUUUGACACUUAUGGAAUACUUGUAAUUAUACUUCAGUGUACCAUAGUAACUACUGACAUAAAGAUCUAAGAACACUGAAGCAGCAAACUUUGGAGAGACCAAUACUUGGUCAUUCUCAAAACUUUUUACCACGACUGUAUAUGUAAAGACAAGAUUAAAUCAAGAAUAGUCUGAUGGGUGACAAUAUUAGCCUAUCACUUGUGAAUUAUAUAUUAUCACUUAUGAAUGGUGCCCAGCUUGUGUGCAGCAAGGCAAGAAACAGUGCAUGCCUUUUUUUGCGACUUUUUCAAAUCAUAGUCGCACACCUCAUGUAGCCUAGCCCAUUUGAUAAGGUUUGUCUCACAACUAAAGUGGCCAAAUAACUUCUUAAAAUUAAGCACAUGAAUCCGCUUUACAAUGGGUGUAGAGCCUAACUGGCAUACAUACGCAGUGCGUGAGUUUCAAGUUUGAGGAAAAUCAUUUUCACCAUGAAAUUGCAAACCUUUAUAAUAAAAGCAUUACAUGCAUAAUCGCAUUUGCGGUCACUUUCCCCACUAAUUGAUUGCAUUUUUGAACAUUUGUGCUUAUAGCCUACUGCCGUGUGCGCAUUGCUGCGCUUAUAAUGUGAAGAAAUAGCCUAAUAGUUUAUCAACAUUUUAAGCUAAACGUUGUAUCAGCCUCAUUGCUUAAAAACUUUUUUUUAUGCUAAUGGUUGUAUUAAUUUGGGAUCUAUCGCAUCCCACAACUGUCCGAGACUAUGUUUCGAAUAUUUAUUUAUCUCACAGAAUUGAAUAGGUCAAUAUUUUUACUAUGGGGGAUAGUAGAUCAAUAACACAAGCUGAGUCUCUGAUUGCAACUGUGGUCAAUUUUGAGUAAUUUACUUACACUCUUGGCCCAUGAUGACCCAUAUAUCAACAACUAUUUGUCACUUCACUGAAUGCACUGAAAUGAGUGAACAAAUAAAAACUUUUUGCAAUGGAAAACAAAAAUAUUUGUUCUUAUUGGACAAAUCAUAUACAGUGCCUUCGGAAAGUAUUCAGAUCCCUUGACUUUUUCCACAUUUUGUUAGGUUACAGCCUUAUUCUAAAAUUGAUGAAAUUGUUUUUUUGCCUCAUCAAUCUGCAUACAGUACCCCAUAAUGACAAAGCAAAAACAGGAUUUUAGACAUUUUUGCUAAUAAAAAAAAAAAGAAAAAAAAAGAAAUCAAAUGUACAUAAGUAUUCAGACCCUUUACUCAGUACUUUGUUGAAGCACCUUUGUCAGCGAUUACAGCCUCAAGUCUUCUUGGGUAUGACGCUACAAGCUUGGCACACUUGUAUUUGGGGAGUUUCUCCCAUUCUUCUCUGCAGAUCUUCUCAAGCUCUGUCAGAUUGGAUAGGGAGCGUCGCUGCACAGCUAUUUUCAGGUCUCUCCAGAGAUGUUCGAUCGUGUUCAAGUCCGGGCUCUGGCUGGGCCACUCAAGGACAUUCAGAGACUUGUCCCGAAGCCACUCCUACGUUGUCUUGGCUGUGUGCUUAGGGUUGUUGUCCUGUUGGAAGGUGAACCUUCGCCCCAGUCUGAGGUCCUGGGCGCUCUGGAGCAGGUUUUCAUCAAGGAUCUCGCUGUACUUUGCUCCGUUCAUCUUUGCCUCGAUCCUGACUAGUCUCCCAGUCCCUGCCGCUGAAAAACAUCCCCUCAGCAUGAUGCUGUUACCUGGCACAUAGGGAUGGUACCAGGUUUCCUCCAGAAGUGACGCUUGACAUUCAGGCCAAAGAGUUCAAUCUUGGUUUCAUCAGACCAGAGAAUCUUGUUUUUCAUGGUGUGAGAGUCUUUAGGUGCCUUUUGGCAAACUCCAAGUGGGCUAUCAUGUGUCUUUUACUGAGGAGUGGAUUCUGUCUGGCCACUCUACCAUAAAGGCCUGAUUGGUGGAGUGCUGUACAGAUGGUUGUCCUUCUGGAAGGUUCUCCCAUCUCCACAGAGGAACUCUAGAGCUCUGUCAAGGUGACCAUCGGGUUCUUGGUCACCUCCCUGACCAAGGCCCUUCUCCCCCGAUUGCUCAGUUUGGCCGGGCGGCCAGCUCUAAGAAGAGUCUUGGUGGUUCCAAACUUCUCCCAUUUAAGAAUGAUGGAGGCCACUGUGUUCUUGGGGACCUUCAAUUCUGCCAAAUUUCUUGGGUACCCUUCACCAGAUCUGUGCCCGACACAAUCCUGUCACGGAGCUCUACGGACAAUUAUUUCGACCUCAUGGCUUGGUUUUUGUUCUGACAUGCACUGUCAAUUGUGGGACCUUAUAUAGACAGGUGUGUGCCUUUUCAAAUCAUGUCCAAUCAAUUUAAUUUAACACAGGUGGACUCCAAUCAAGUUGUAUAAACAUGUCAAGGAUGAUCAAUGGAAACAGGAUGCACCUGAGCUCAAUUUCGAGUCUCAUAGCAAAGGGUCUGAAUACUUAUGUAAAUAAGGUUUUUCUGUUUUGUUUUUUAAAUAAAUUUGCAAAAAUGUCUAAAAACCUGUUUUCACUUUGUCACUAUGGGCUAUUGUGUGUAGAUUGCUGCGUUUUUAUUUUUAUUUAAUUCUUUUGGAAUAAGGCUGUAACGUAACAAAAUGUGGAAGAACUCAAGGGGUGUGAAUACUUUCCGAAGGCACUGUAGCAUCUCCCUGUUCAAAACGUUUCCUCCCUAAUGAACACGACCCAUGUCUGUCUUGGUGCCAUGGAAAGGCAUACUCAUGUGAAGAAAAUAACUAUUCCCUCUGUCUGUCCUUCAGGGCUGCUGAGAUCCUCUACUCCCUCACCCUGGCCAAUAUUAGGAGGUAUGGGAAGCGGAAUGAUUUCCCAGCUGUGGAGAAUUACAGACUGCUCACUGAAGCCAGGAGGAACCUGGGCUUGUUCCAGCACCAUGAUGCUAUCACAGGCACCGGCAAGGACUUGGUAGUGAUCGACUACGGUACCAGGUAUAAUUUUUUAAUUGCUUGUUUUAUUUUUUUUCAACAUGGACACACUGAUUAAGCAAGAAUUAAAUGGAUUGCACCGACAUGGUUUUGUGAUUAUUUCCAGCAUCGGGCCGUAGACAUUGAUUGAAUGAAAGUGAAACAUUAUAUAUUUGACUCAGAGCUUUGACUGCUUUCCUCUGGGCAUUUAAUUAGAACAAUUCUCUGUUCUCAGGUUGUUUCAUUCCAUUUUGAAUUUGAAACAAGUGAUCGUCAACUCCGCUCACUGGCUGGUGCUGAAGGACAAAAGUGCAUACAGUCACAAUCCCUCAAAGGCCUUCCUUCAAAUGGUGAGUAAAAAAAGCAUUGGCGUUUUAAUUUCAAUGUUGAAACAAGGUAGAUGAUUGUGCAUAGCAACAUUUCAGAUUAGUAUAGGGAUUUUCAAAGGGUGACAGUUUAUGGUGGUGUUGCAGGUAGUGAAAUGCAUGCAGUAGCUACCUUUGAAGUGUUUACCACACUCUACCUUUGGCCAAAUCCCUCAAGGAGGCACAACAUCAGGAUUUUAAUAUGCAAAUUGCCCGGGCAGGAAGUCAACAUCAAUUUCCAGAGUAAUGUAACCUCUUCCACUUCCUUGUUUUGAUACAGCAGCUGAAAAGACGCUUGAUAUGUAAACUCAGCAAAAAAAGAAAUGUCCCUUUUUCAGGACCCUGUCUUUCAAAGAUAAUUAGUAAAAAUCAAAAUAACUUCACAGAUCUUCAUUGUAAAGUGAUUAAACACUGUUUCCCAUGCUUGUUCAAUGAACCAUAAACAAUUAAUGAACAUGCACCUAUGGAACGGACACUAACAGCUUACAGACGGUAGGCAAUUAAGGUCACAGUUAUGAAAACUUAGGACACUAAAGAGGCCUUUCUACUGACUCUGAAAAACACCAAAAGAAAGAUGCCCAGGGUCCCUGCUCAUCUGCGUGAACGUGCCUUAGGCAUGCUGCAAGGAGGCAUGAGGACUGCAGAUGUGGCCAGGGCAAUAAUUUGCAAUGUCCAUACUGUGAGACGCCUAAGACAGCACUACAGGGAGACAGGACGAACAGGUGAUCGUCCUCUCAGUGGCAGACCACGUGUAACAACACCUGCACAGGAUCGGUACAUCCGAACAUCACACCUGCGGGACAGGUACAGGAUGGCAACAACAACUGCCCGAGUUACACCAGGAACACACAAUCCCUCUAUCAGUGCUCAGACUGUCUGCAAUAGGCUGAGAGAGGCUGGACUGAGGGCUUGUAGGCCUGUUGUAAGGCAGGUCCUCACCAGACAUCACUGGCAACAACGUCGCCUAUGGGCACAAACCCACCGUCGCUGGACAAGACAGGACUGGCAAAAAGUGCUGUUCACUGAUGAGUCGCGGUUUUGUCUCACCAGGGGUGAUGGUCGGAUUCAUGUUUAUCGUCAAAGGAAUGAGCGUUACACCGAGGCCUGUACUCUGGAGCGGGAUCGAUUUGGACGUGGAGGGUCCAUCAUGGUCUGGGGCGGUGUGUCACAGUAUCAUCGGACUGAGCCUGUUGUCAUUGCAGGCAAUCUCAACGCUGUGCGUUACAGGGAAGACAUCCUCCUCCCUCUUGUGGUACCCUUCCUGCAGGCUCAUCCUGACAUGACCCUCCAGCAUGACAAUGCCAGCAGCCAUACUGCUCGUUCUGUGCGUGAUUUCCUGCAAGACAGGAAUGUCUGUGUUCUGCCAUGGCCAGCGAAAAGCCCGGAUCUCAAUCCUAUUGAGCACGUCUGGGACCUGUUGGAUUGGAGGGUGAGGGCUAGGGUCAUUCCCCCCAGAAAUGUACGGGAACUUGCAGGUGCCUUGGUGGAAGAGUGGGGUAACAUCUCACAGCAAGAACUGGCAAAUCUGGUGCAGUCCAUGAGGAAGAGAUGCACUGCAGUACUUAAUGCAGCUGGUGGCCACACCAGAUACUGACUGUUACUUUUGAUUUUGACCCCCCCUUUGUUCAGGGACACAUUAUUCCAUUUUUGUUAGUCACAUGUCUGUGGAACUUGUUCAGUUUAUGUCUCAGUUGUUGAAUCUUGUUAUGUUCAUACAAAUAUUUACACAUGUUAAGUUUGCUGAAAAUAAAUGCAGUGAGAGGACGUUUCUUUUUUUGCUGAGUUUAUCUCACUCACCCAAACCUAAUGAAAAUUGUAUUAGAAAGUGAAUGAGCCUUAGAUGUUUAAAUAGUUUCUCAGUUUUGAAAAGCGGCAGCCAAUACCACAAAAACAAAAUUUAAAUAUAUUUUUUGAAAAUUAGUCUCAAAGAACUGGAAAUAGCCUGUGGACUGUGUGUUGGUGUAGCUAUACCAGAUAGGUGUUCUUUUGCAAAUCAACUCUAAUCUCAUAUACAUUUCUCUCAGGAUGAUAUCCAGCCUGCUCAAGAUGCCCUGCCUCGAAAAACAGUUCUGAAAAUCAGCUCACAGCCUAGGUAAGGCACCGUACAAAUGUUCCUCCCUUUUCCCUUACAUAUUCUGGCUGAUAUUAUGACCCCUUUCAUAUUGCAAAUAUGAUUUAGAAUAAAUACAGGAAGUUAUAGUCUGGUCAGAUGACAGCUGUGGAAUCUUUUCUUUAUGACCAAUUAGUUUUGUCUGGGUAUGUCUCUGUACUUUCAGACUUUUCAGAUCAAAGCAUUAGCAACUCAUACCAACCUGUCUAUUUUCCUCCAGGUCUGUGGUCAUCUACAACCCCACGGAGCAGGACCGCACGUCAGUGGUGACCAUGUAUGUGAACACGUCCCAUGUGCGUGUGGUCACAGACCACGGUCAUCCCGUCCCCGCUCAAGUCAGCGCGGUGUGGGACAACCCCACCACAGCCUCCACAGAGGUCUUCCAGGUACAACUGUCACAUUUUUGUCAUUAGUGUUUGUAUUUAGCCUUUAUUUAUCCAUGUGAAUCUUAUUUAUUGAUCGUUUUUUAAAUAAGCUUCAAAUUCAGAUACGUUCAUGAACUAUAAUGGCAGUAUCAGGGAGGACUAUGAGGUUACCCCGGAGAUUAACUGGAGAUUAACUGGAGAUUGAUUACCAACGUGUUACCAGUUCAUAGUGAAACAUACUUUUUUAUGUUCAUGUAUGCUUUUUCUCACAUUAUCUCAUGUUAUGGUGUUUUCCCUUGGGGGCAGUUGUCGUUCAUAGCACAGGUGCCAGCGCUGGGUCUUGGGGUGUACCAGUUAGGUAAGGCUGCGAGCGGCAGGGCGGAGACUGCAGAAUACGUCUUCUUCAGGCAGAGCGGCGAGCUGUCCGUCAACGUGAAGCACUUCACAGUCAACAUCCCCCAGGACGCCUCCACCCCCCUCAGCAUCCACAACCCCCACCUCCAGGUCUGGAGCUCCCCCACCACCGGCCUGAUGGAGGUAAGACAUGCAUAGCAUAACAAAGCAUACCAUAGCAUAGUAAAGCAUAACAUAGCAUAGCUUAGUAAAGCAUAGCAUAGUAAAGCAAAGCAUAGCAUAGCUUAGUAAAGUAUAGCAUAGCUUAGUAAAGCAUAGCAUAGCUUAGUAAAGCAUAGCACAGCAUAGCUUAGUAAAGCAUAGCACUUCACAACACAGCAGGGCUCAGCACAGAACUCCUGCAAAAGUGCUAUAUAAUUAAAAACAAAAAACGAUGUUUUAAGUGAGAAGGUCUGAAGCCGAAAAAGAAAGGCAUUUCACAUGAGCACCACAAUGCGUACCUCACCCAUGCUCUACUAAGGUUUUCCAGCACACAGCUUUGACCUACUACAGUAGCUAUGUUGGUCUAUUGUACUUCCAACAAUAUGUAGGCAGGUUGCUUCAAACCUUCUCAAACAGACUAAUUCAUACCAUUAGAGGAGGUGCUCCCAGAAUAAUGUGAUUUGUACCACAUACAAGCUAAUGUAUUGCAUUCUUCCCACCCCACAUUAAGACCCCCAUUCCACUACCUUUUCAAGCUUUUGUUUUAUUAUAUGAAAGCAAGCUUUGCUUUUAUACUUACAACACCAUCAGGCUUGAUUGAGUGAGCUAUUUUGUAUUGUAGUAAUGUGGUGCCUGCCUGUAUUUCCUUAAACCUUAAACAUGUAAUUGAAAAAUAUAUAUAUUUCAUAACAUGUUUUUUGGUCAGUAGGUACCCAACAUAAGAACAGGAGGUGGUGUGUUCGACACAGUCACUCAUAUAUAUAUAUAUAUAUAGAGGUCUAUAGAGCAUGUCUGCAUUCCUGAUUUCUGUAACCGUUAGCUUAACUGUGUAAUAUUUACAUAAGCUCAGAACCACUUGUUUUUCAAACAUGGCCCUGUUAUCAACUGCUGUGCUGAUUAAUAGGCAGUUUAUCACCUUUGUCAAAAGACUAUGUAGCUUAAAGUUAUAUGUGUAUUUGUAUUUAUUUUUGCAAUAAAGAUGAUACAAUAAUACACAUUUACAAUAGGCCUAUAUCUAAAAAUACGUACAUCCUAAUGAUAUAUAUACAUUAUUUUAAUAGCAGGACACUGUAAAGUCCAUUAUCCAUUUACAUUACAUUUACAUUUUAGUCAUUUAGCAGACGCUCUUAUCCAGAGCGACUUACAGUUAGUGAAUACAUUUUUUUACAUAUUUUUUUUAUACUGGCCCCCCGUGGGAAUCGAACCCACAACCCUGGCGUUGCAAACACCAUGCUCUAUCAACUGAGCUACAUCCCUGCCGGCCAUUCCCUCCCCUACCCUGGACGACGCUGGGCCAAUUGUGCGCCGCCCAUGAGUCUCCCGGUCGCGGCCGGCUGCGACAGAGCCUGGAUUCGAACCAGGAUCUCUAGUGGCACAAUUAACACUGCGAUGCGGCGCCUUAGACCACUGCGCCACUCAGGAGACAAUUAUAUUAUCCCUCUGAAGAGUAUGAAUUAGGCUGUUUGAGAAGGUUUGAAUCCUAAGCAACCUGCCUACACAUUGCUGGAAGUAAAAUGGACAAACAUAGCUACUGUAGUAGGUCCAAGAUAUCUGCUGCAAAACCUUAGUAGAGCAUGGGUGGAGUAGGCAUUGUGGUGCUCAGGUGAAUUUCUUUUUCGGCUUCAGACCAAUGCCGACUUCUCACCUAAAACAUACUUUUUGUUUUUAAUUUCCAUGGUUUUUACACUGUAAGGUGACUAUACAACAUUAUUAUUCAACAUUAUAAUACAGCAAAACACAGCCAUAAAAGUAAAGCAAAAGUACACAAUAAUGACAACAUAAAUAAUGUAGUUAUUAGUAUUUAUUUAAUAUUAACAGCUGAUUUUCCAGAGGGAUGCAAAGAACCAGAGACCCAUUUAAGCCAAUAUGGAAUAAACUGGGAAAAAAAUCCCUGAUCUCUUUUAACAAGACAAUCGAGAAAGAUCCUGGAAAAUACACAAAUAAUCAACAUGUAUGUACCCAUUAACUAUUUACAUGAAAAUGUACUUUAACGUUUACUGAAGAAAAGCCUAGUACUAAAUUACCUGUAAACAAUAGUGAGUUAUUACAAAAUAUAAGAUUUACAAUCAAACGUACAUUCAUCAGAUAUAGCUAGUAAACUUUGUACAUACAAUUCAGGGAUGGCCACAAUUGCUCUAGAAGAGCUUCAGGGUUAUGCAGGCUUUCUUGUUCAAGCACAGUUCUACCACACCUGAUUCUACUAUUCAAGGUAUCGAUGAACAGCGAGGUCUCUAUGAACAUCUGAGUAAUAGAAUCAGGUGUGGUAGCACUGGGCUUGAACAAAAAAGCCUGCAUAACCCUGUGGCUCGUCAAUAACAAUUUUGGUAACUCCUGAUACAAACACUGUGACAAAUGACAAACUGCUGAGAAACACCUGUAAGUCAUUAGACAAGUACAAAACACUUUUAAGAAUACAUAUUUACAAAUCUGACAUUGGAUAGGUGCUCUAAAUCCUUUAACUACAAAUGUUCUUAGUAAUGCUGUACACAGCAGUCCAACUCCAGUAAAAGAGCACACACUCCCACAUGUAUAAAUGGCAUCUAUCCUGGCCAUUAGGCAGGCAGGGGAUUUCCCAGCAGCACGAAGAUUGGUGUAGAGCUCCACUUCUCUUGUGUGCACGUCAGGAGAGGGGGUAAUCAACUGCUUGUUUAACAAUUCAACUGCAGAGCUGGGAAGUCUGCCUAUGUGCAAGUCUCUGCCAUUAAGCAGUGUGUCCCUGGGAUGUACUGUAGGGAUGCAUCUGACGGAUGAGGGCAACAACGUCUUCCUUGAGAGUUUGAGAGCUGGUCUCUCCACCGUUAUCUCCUCCGUAGUAGCAAGACGUGCGCACUAGUACUACAUACACGUCACACUCCCUGUCCCUUUUUGCCAAGUCUAAUGGUCAUCUUAUGAACGAUGUAGCCUCGUUUUAAUCCGACGUCUAAAAUCGGACCUAGGUUUGGGCAAAAAAUAGUCUGCCAACCCUAAUGCUAACAACCCUGGGUUCUCGGUAACGGCCGGACGGAUCAUGACGAGAGGCGGGGAGUGUGUUGUACCUCCAAUCAAAUUGAUUUGGAAUUUUCAUAGACAUUGGUGUCAUAUUGGCUUAGAUAUGAUGGUAGGGAGAUUUGAAUUUAACAUUGAGCUUCAACCAAUCCCAUACUAUAGUCGUGCCGACCUGCGCGACUAUAAUUCAAGCUUAUUCUAAUAUUAGCACUGAACCAGAGUCAUAAAGUGUAUAGUGACUGUGACCUGCACUGAAAGGUUGCAUGGAAUGUGUUACACUUCUAGACUGUCAAUGGGACUGACAGGGUAUCAAACCAGGGUCGUCUGUGUGACACAAGACUAUAUUAUUCCUCUGAGCUAAAGCCUAGGCAUUAGUUCUCGGAAGUAAAACAAGUCCAGGUCUCAGGCAAAAUUAGUCAUCACACAAGCUCAUCACAUUGUUCACCAAACCACCUCAGCUACAACAACACAGGAUAAAGUCUGUUAGCUCUCUUUAUUGAUGUCAAGCUGUCAAUGUAAUGGUGAUGUAAGUAUUGAAUCUGACUUUCUUCUGACUGACACCCACAGAGAUUGAAGCUGAAAGAGGACGGCUCAGAACACCAGAUCAAGGUGGAGUUUGCAUGGUACGGCACAACCAGCAACCGAGAUAAAAGCGGAGCCUACUUGUUCCUGCCCGACGGGGAAGCCAAGGUAACCCGACAACUUUAUUAAACGUGAUUGAUUCUCCGUUGUCAACGUGUAUCAUUACAGCUGUACUGAAACCUUUUAAAGAAGAGAGUGCUUUCAGCUCUUACAGUAAAGGGAAAGGAGAUACCUAGUCAGCUGCACAUUUUACAUUUACAUUUUAGUCAUUUAGCAGACGCUCUUAUCCAGUGUGACUUACAGUUAACAACUGAAUGCAUUCAACCGAAAUGUGUCUUCCACAUUUAACCCAAUGACUCUAAAUCAGAGAGUAGUUCUGUUCCCCCAGUUUCACUCUCUUUUAUCCCUUAUUUGUGCUCCCUUACCAGCACACUCUCUGUAGGAGGUAUUAUUGGCAGAGGAUGGAUGGGAGAUGGUGUUAUGAGUGAUUUGAUUCCCAUUGAUUUUCUGUGCUCCUCCAGAUGUACUCUCCCGCUCGGCCUCCAGUGAUACGGGUAACCAAGGGAUCUGUGUUCUCUGAGAUCACUACUACCUUCGAUCAUGUGACGCACACUCUACGCCUCUAUAAUGUUCAAGGUAAUGAUGGAAUGUGUGUGUGUGCGAGUGCGCGUGCAUGCGUGGCUUAUCUACAAUUGACUCCAUACAUUGAGACCUUGAUCAGUGACACAACUGAAAGCAGUUGUACAUACAUGCAUGAGAACGUGUAGCCUACAUGUAUCAAAAUCAGAAAAACAGAACCUUGAAAGAUCAAAACACCCUGAAAUAUUAUGUUUGUCUGUGAAAUGGGAGAAGAUCCAAAACCCGGUCUGUAGAUGAGCUACAUGAAGACUCACUCAGUGAGCCUACUAGCAUAGUCUAGAGAGAGAGAGAGAGGGAGAGAGACGGUUUAGUCAGUGCAAUACCUUUUGAAUGGCUUGCUUUCGUAGAGAACAUUAGUGUUGUUCUGUUGCGUGCUUGGUGAGAAAAAGGAAGCUGCAGUCAUGCCCACCAGGAGAAGGAGACCCUGAAGGGCUGCAUGUCAUCGCACAGCCAAGCAGGCCUUAAUUGGACCCAGCAUGCAGAUUUUUACUUAAUGAAUGGUUUCAUUGCAUAUUUUGACCUGAGGGUACAGUAUAUAGAGAUGCAGUAUACAGGUUGCAAGACGUAUCACUAGAGUUGUAAUUUACCCAUUUGGAAUGCUACACUGUGCCAUUGAUCUUCUAUUAAUGUAUUUACAAUAUUUAAUGGCUCAAUGUUGAGACCCAAUUUACUUUCACUGCUUUUGCAUUCACCCAAAGUCUAUGUACUGUAACUGUGGUUUUUUCUUCUUAGAUAUAUUUAUUCAUGUUUUGCAUUAUUUCUGGGGGUAUGUUUAUUUUUUUUCCACCUGAAAAACUGGGGCAAAUUUGUUCAACUGUUAAUUUUUUUCCCUCCCAGUGGAUUAAUUGAGUUAGGUAUGUAAAAUUAUAUCAAACAAUGUAAAAUGUAUUCCCAAAAAAUGUAUUUCCAAAAAGUGUAUUCGGAGACUCACUAGGAGUAUAAUUAAUACCUUGAAAUCAAGCCAAAGAGGAAAGAAGCUUUUAAAUAUGUGCUGUGAAUAUGCUCUGUGAUUGUGUUAGUGUUCUCUCUCUCUCUCUCUCUCUCUAUAGGUGUGGAGGGCCAGGCGGUGGAGAUCUGUAACUCGGUAGAUAUAAGGGGGGAGUUCAACCGUGAAAUUACAAUGAGGUUAACAUCAGAUGUGGACAGCAAGGAUCGAUUCUUCACAGACCUCAACGGAUUCCAGGUACUGUUACUGUAUGACCUGGAACUCACUCUCUCUUUCACUCACUCUCUCUCCCCUCCCCUCCCCUCUCUACUCAGGCACUGCCCCCAGAUCAUUCAAUGAGAGAAUGAGAAUUGUAUUUUGUACACACUGAAGGAUAAGUGUACAGGUAAAUCGGUCACAGCUUUUCGAGGGCUUACUUAAUGAAAAAAGCCACUUUGAAAGGAAAUGUAGCACUACAGUAACCCCUGAUAUUUAAAAUAACUCAGACAAAUGCAUAGAGUGAAGAAAACAUUGACAAAGAGCAACCUUACACAAGGUAUACAUUCUAAUUCAAAUGUUCCACGUGGAACAUUUUAAUUAGAAUUUCUAGUAGGAAUGCACAAUUACAGCCCAGUCUCUAGCUAUCCAGUUGCGAGAAAACACUCCACAAUAUAACAGAGCCAUAUAUACCAGAGCAAAUACUGCUUUUCUUGCUUCUGAAGUGGAGAUUUCUAUGCGAGAUUGUGCAUGGACAUUGAACAUGUCAACAGUAAUGACAUGAGCAAUUAACUAUGAUACAAAUGGCUAUUUAGUAGCAUUAGCUUGAAUGUACAUAGAAACUGGAUGUCCAAACUCCUAGAAAUGAUUUCAUGGACGUCUCCCAUUUUGUCAUAACAUAAAGUUUUGAUUUGAAAACAAAAGGUGAAAUGCAGAUUUAAACGAUUCGAUUUUGUUCAGGGGAGAAUCUUUAGACAGAUCAGUGUUUGAGCGCCCUUGCCAAUUAGACACGCUGCCAUAAUUCUAGAGAGAGGCAGUGUUUUCCCUCAAAAUCUCAAUUUGCAUGUUUUUGGCAGUCUGACCUUACUUUCAGGGAUUAAGAGGGAUUUACUGCCAUCAGAGAUUAAAUAUUUUGUUCUCCGAAAUGCUACGCUUCACGCAAACAAACAAAAACAACCCACUUGAAGAGCUUCUCGUACUCAUUGUAGUCAAAACAAAGUCGGUCGGCUUAAGAUCCCACUCAACACAGUUGCUCACUGGUGAUUCAGUAUGUGUGGGGCCAGGAGUUUUUCCCUCAUAGGAAAAACUCUGGGUCCUUGUUGAAGCCUUUAACAAGGGCCUUGAGGUUUUCCUAGUCAGGUCACAUGGUUCCUCAACAUCACCUUUAUAUGUGACCAGAGACGGAAGAGGAAGCGAGACAUCUCAAUCGCUCCUUUUUUCUGGUUAGUCAACUAACUAAGCAGAUCAGACCCAGCUGCUAUCGCAAUGGUGCCUAUGGGAGAGCCACCCCUUAACCUCUACGGGAUCUGUGUCCCGUAUACAGGACGGUUGAGCUAACGUGCGCUAAUGUGAUUAGCAUGACUGUUGUAAGUAACAGCAAACUUUCCAGGACAUAGACAUGUCAUAUAGGGGCAGAAAGCUUACAUUUGUGUUAAUCUAACGGCACUAUCCAAUUUACAGUAGCUAUUACAAUAAAAAAAGACAUUGCUAUUGUUUGAGAGUGCACAACAACAACAAAAAUGAUCACGGCAACUGGUUUGAUACGUUCACAUCUGAAGGUAAAUAAUGUACUUACAUUCAGUAAUCUUGCUCUGAUGUGUCAUCCUAAGGGUCCCAGAGAUAAAAUGUAGCAUAGUUUUGUUUGAUAAAAUCAAUUUUUAUAUUCAAAUUAGGAACUGGGUUCUACAGUUUGAGCCCCUGCUGUCUCUGGCUCCACAUCCACCCCGCCUGGCCAUCUAGAUGUGUGAAAGUUAGUGUAUAAGCUAAUGAUCCAUCAUGUAUGACAUUCCUGGGAGUGUGUAAACUUACAUUUUGUAUUACCAGAUCAUUUUUGUAUGUUCUCUAAAGUUAUGUAUCAAUUGACUAAUUCAGCACAUGUGGGCAGACUUGAUACAAAAUAGUCCAGUAUUGCAAUGCUUCACAGGAUCAACCUGAAACUUUGCAUACAUACUGCUGCCAUCUAGUGGCCCAAAUCUAAAUUGCACCUAAACAGCAAUAUUAUAUUGUGGUCUUUCUCUUGCAUUUCAAAGAUGAUAACAAAAUAAAAAUAAAAUAAACAUUUUUGUUUGUAUUAUCUUUUACCAGAUCUAAUGUGUUAUAUUCUCCUACAUUAAUUUCACAUUUCCACAAACUUCAAAGUGUUUCCUUUCAAAUGGUAUCAAGAAUAUGCAUAUCCUUGCUUUAGGUCCUGAGCUACAGGCAGUUAGAUUUGGGUAUGUCAUUUUAGGCGAAAAUUGAAAAAAAGGGUCAGAUCAUUAAGAGGUUAAGCAGACCGUAACUGUGACAAUUUCUUUCAAUGGUAAAUGUCAUCAAAUCAAAUCGUAUUUGUCACAUGCUUCGUAAACAACAGGUGAAGACUAACAGUGAAAUGCUUACUUACAAGCCCUUCCCAACAAUGCAGAGAGAGAAAUAGAAAAAUGAUAACACAAUAAAUAAAUACACAAUGAGUAACGAUAACUUGGCUAUAUACAUAGGGUACCAGUAGUAGGUAGCUUAGUGGUUAAGAGCGUUGUGCCAGUAACCAAAAGGUCGCUGGUUCUAAUCCCCGAGCCGACUAGGUGAAAAAUCUGUCUGUGCCCUUGAGCAAGGCACUUAACCCUAAUUGCUCCUGUAAGUCGCUCUGGAUAAGAGCGUCUGCUAAAUGACGUAAAAUUUAAAUAUCGAGUCGAUGUGAAGGGGUACGAAGGAAUUGAGGUAAAUAUGUACAUAUAGGUAGGGGUAAAGUGACUAGGCAACAGGAUAGAUAAUAAACAGUAGCAGCACCAUAUGUGAUGAGUCAAAAGAGUUAGUGCAAAAAGGGUCAAUGCAGGUAGCUAUUUAGUUAACUAUUUAGCAGUCUUAUGGCUUGGGGGUAGAAGCUGUUCAGGGUCCUGUCGGUUCCAGACUUGGUGCAUCGGUACCGUUUGCCGUGCGGUAGCAGAGAGAACAGUCUAUGACUUGGGUGGCUGGAGUCUUUGACCAUUUUUAGGGCCUUCCUCUGACACCCCCUGGUAUAGAGGUCCUGGAUGGCAGGGAGCUCGGCCCCAGUGAUGUGCUGGGCCGUAUGCACUACCCUCUGUAGCGCCUUGCGGUCGGAUGCCAAGCAGUUGCCAUACUAAGCGGUGAUGCAGCCAGUCAAGAUGCUUUCAAUGGUGCAAUAGAAGUUUUUCAGGAUCUGAGGGCCCAUGACAAAUCCUUUCAGCCUCCUGAGGGGGAAGAGGCAUUGUCGUGAUACCAAGGAACUUGAAGGUCUGGACCCGCUCCACUAAAGCCCAGUCGAUGUGGAUGGGGGCGUGCUCGGCCCUCCGUUUCCUGUAGUCCAUGAUCAGCUCCUUUGUCUUGCUGACGUUGAGGGAAAAGUUGUUGUCCUGGCACCACACUGCCAGGUCACUAACAUACUGACAUCCUCCCUAUAGGCUGUCUCAUCGUCGUCGGUGAUCAGGCCUACCACUGUUGUGUUGUCAGCAAACUUAAUGAUGGUGUUGGAGUAGUGCGCGGCCACGCAGUUGUGGGUGAACAGGGAGUACAGGGGGGGACUAAGCACGCACCCGUGUUGAGGGUCAGCACGGCGGCUGUCUUGUUGCCUACCCUCACCACCUGGGGGCGGCCGGUCAGGAAGUCCAGGAUCCAGUUGCAGAAGAAGGAGUUCAGUCCCAGGGUUGUGAGCUUAGUGAUGAGCUUGGAAGGCACUAUGGUGUUGAACGCCGAGCUGUAGUCAAUGAACAGCAUUCUCACAUAGGUGUUCCUCUUGUCCAUGUGAGAGAGGGCAGUGUGGAGAGCAAUAGAGAUUGCGUCAUCUAUGGAUCUGUUUGGGCGUUAUGCGAAUUGGAGUGGGUCCAGGGUGUCUGGGAUGAUGGUGCUGAUGUGAGCCAUGACCAGCCUUUCAAAGCAUUUCAUGGCUACAGAUGUGAGUGCUACGGGCAAUAGUCAUUUAGACAGGUUACCUUGGCAUUCUUGGGCACAGGGUGGUCUGCUUGAAACAUGUAGGUAUUACUGACCGGGUCAGGGAGAGGUUGAAAAUGUUGGUGAAGACACUUGCCAGCUGGUCAGCACAUCUUCAUUUAUCCACCAUCUUUGAUGUGAUUUUCUCGCAGAUCCAGCCUAGAAGAACCAUGGCCAAGCUUCCCCUCCAGGCAAACUUCUACCCCAUGACCAGUAUGGCCUACCUUCAGGACUCCGGCACCAGACUGACCCUGCUCACCGCACAGUCCCUGGGCUCCGCCAGCCUCAAGAGUGGUGAGUGCAGGCCGGGGGAUUUGUUUUCUGUUGUCUAUUGGAAGGAGGGCAUCAGUACUUUAAGUCUCCAGGAAAGAUGACAUCCCUGCUCGGUUCUAAGAUUCCCAUCUGUACAGUACAUAAUGUAAUCUACUAUUUUGGCACCAGGAUGUGAUAUUAAAAUGAGUGCAGUUUCUAUCGUGCUGUUUCUUGCCAAGCUUUAAAUGUAGGCCCUACAGAUACAUUUCUGUUAUGUGAACAGAAGGCAACGUGAUAUUGAAAUAGAUCAACUUUUACCUUUUCCCCUCCAGGCCAAUUGGAGGUGAUCAUGGACCGUCGGCUGAACCAGGAUGAUAACCGCGGGCUGGGCCAGGGCGUCCUGGACAACAAAGUUACCGCCAGCUCCUUCCGCCUGCUGCUGGAGAAGAGGGCCAAGACCGAUGGGGUACUAAUACCAGGAGUUUGAAGCAAUUUUGUCAUUUUCAUAGUUACUGUAGUUUGUAGUUCUACUAAAGUUCAUUGACUUUUGAAGGUCGACAAUGGAGACUUGAUUAAGACGAUUAGGGUUAAAACAUUGUCAUAUAUUAUAUUAUGAUCAAUCCUCUCUUUUGCCAAUUACUUUUGCACCAGAGUAUUGUCCUAACCCGUUCCUGUCCCUGCUUUGAUAUUUCCAGGGGGAGAAACCCUCGCCCCUCAGCUACCCGUCUCUGCUGAGUCACGUGUCGUCGCUGUACCUGAACCACCCUCUGAUCUCCAUGGCUGUGAGCACGGAGGCAGAGUCCCUGUCUCUAUCCCCCUUAAACCCGCUGGCCUCAUCACUGCCCUGUGAUGUCCACAUGGUCAACCUACGCACCAUCCAGUCCAAGGUAAGGAUUUUUGUAAUGCUACAUAAUACUUUCUUCUCUUUUCUCCCUGUGGAGCAUAAGGCCACAACAAGCCUUACAUUCUGUUGCUAUUUUACCUGUGUAGUAAUGCUUUAAUUACAAUACAUUAACAUGUUGUUACGUAGUGAUUUAAUCAUUGCUUUGUACAUGCAUAUUCAUGGCGUUGAGACAUGAAUAAACGCUCACAUCAUUAGCUACCCGUAUUCAAAUAAUGAAUUACUAUGUAACAUGUUAAUACAAUGUUGUUGCUACAGUAAUUACAGUGUUACUACAUAGGAGCAACUCCUUACAAAGAGUUACCAAGUUUUCUAAAGUGAUGACUGUACCGCUGUGUUCUCAUAGUCAUUGGCUUUAAUGUGAUUAAGCUCAUCCCUGACUGUAUUGAUUAUCCUGGCAGUAUGGAAUACUGUCUUAAUUGCUUGUUAGGACAAAACACACACACACUCAGCACUCCUCCAAGGGGCUCUCCAUUCAUUUCCUUAUAUCAUCUCUGUAAAUACACUACAUCUGUAUGUUGUAAGUCUUCUAUGGUCUCCUCUUUGUUGCUGCAUAGCCCAUUAACUCUGAUGAUACCGCCGUCUAUCAAGAUCAAGCUAAUUGUUCCGGAAUCUGCCAACCAAUUUGCUCAAUUAUCGAUUGCAAAGACAUGCUCGGACAUCCAAUUUGACUCUAAGAACAAAUCAAAAGAGGAGACGUGCAGAACCAUUAAAUGUGUUUUAGACGAGGGCUUUGUACUAAUUUAUACGAAUACUCACAUGGUGACACCCCUGCCGCUCCUACUACCACACUUAUUAUGCACUGUGGCAUCUCCAUGUACUCAGCCAGGGACUGUGAAUGUAAAAAAAAAUGUUUCUGAAAGGGGGAUGAAAUUGUCUUGUGCUUGUUACUGCAGUAAACCUCGAACAUGGCUGUGGAAAUGCAGCUGACUUGUGAAAGGGUGGUCUCUAUAAUUGCCCCAGUGUUUAGGCUGAGGAGGGGGACAGGAGGGGUCUUUAUUGGGACUGAAGCAUUUCUCACUGGCCUUACAGGAGGAAGGGGGUGGCCCGUCGAACGAGGCGGCUUUGAUUCUGCACAGAAAAGGCUUUGACUGUGCCUUCUCGAAUAGGAACACAGGGCUACUGUGUGCCACCACGCAGGGGAAGGUAAGACCUGCCACACACACGCCAGCACACACAGGAACACACACACGUAUACACACACCAAAAUUAAAGUUAUCACCAAACACUCUUUAUUCAUUAGUGAUUAAAGAGAAUUGUAACCUGAGGGUUAAAAUGAGGGUUGCACGCAAUGCUCUUUAUUCAAGCAGCUAGUAGUACCAUUGGUCUUUGAACAUCAUUUUUUUACAGAAAUGAACUUCCCCUAGCAAAACGGCUCAAGAGGUCACUUGCCACAGAAAAUGUGCUGUGAGGAAGGAAAUUCCCAGGAAAUACCUUUCAUUACAUUUCCUCCUAUUCUGAUGUCAUGAUAACUAUUACAAUGCAACCAUAAUCAGUUUAAGUGAAUACUUAUCUCUCUCCAAGAGGAAAAUCAAGGCUGUUAUGACCAAGUGUGUGUUCAUUAGAAAAUGGCUAGAGUAGAUGAUGAAAUCUUUGUUGACCCAGGCACUUAAUCUUAAUAUCCUUAAUAAGCCUGUUAAGUGUCCAGUUAUGUUAAUAGCUUCUAAAAGGAAAGGAUAUUUCAUCAUGAUCAUAGCAGGUGUCAAAUGUUUUUAUUGAACCUAUCCAUCAACCCCUUUCAUAAUGGGUUUUACUAUUCAAACAUGUGGGUAUAACGCCAUUGUUCAUGUUUGGUUCUUGCACAGAUCCGCAUGGACAAGCUGUUUUCUGAACUGAAAUUCCAGAGCAUCACCCCUGCGUCUCUGACUCUGAUGCACACGCCUGAGGAAGGGUCGAGCCAAGAGGAAAUCGGCCUUAAACCAAUGGAGAUCAGCACAUACCGUGUGCAGCUGACAUGA